GUGGGUUGAACGCCAAAAUGCAAAUUUUCAUAAAAACCCUCGCGGGGAAGACCAUCACCCUCGAGGUUGAGCCAUCAGAUAACAUUGAAAAUGUCAAGGCAAAAAUCCAAGAUAAAGAGGGUAUCCCGCCAGACCAGCAGAGGUUGAUCUUUGCAGGGAAGCAGCUUGAAGGGACUGACUACAACAUUCAGAAGGAAUCCACUCUGCACUUGGUGUUGAGACUGCGUGGUGGUGGUGCCAAGAAGAGGAAGAAGUCUUAG